UGCGAAAAACGGUGUAAAAAUCUCCCAAAAACGAUGGCAGACGAUAAUUCCCAUGCCGAGCCCAAAAAGGCACACAAAAAGCGCCAUUCAGGUGUGAAGGCGGACAAAAAGAAGGCCAAAAACAAACCAACCGAGCGUACGAAAAAUCCGAAAGCUUUCGCUAUCACCAAGGCCCGCUCGGCUGAGAAAAGAUUCCGGCGUAAGGAGGAUAUAACUACCAAAAAGCAACAUAUUCCUCUUGUUGAUAAAACACCGGAAGAACCACCGCCGGUUCUGAUUGCGGUGGUAGGGCCACCGAAGGUGGGCAAAACUACUUUAAUAGUGAAUCUGAUUAAGAACUUCACCAAAACCAAUGUGACAAAGGUGAACGGACCCAUCACGGUGGUGACAUCGAAGAAACGGCGCAUCACCCUGCUGGAGUGCAAUAACGAUAUCAACAGCAUGAUCGAUGUGGCCAAGUGUGCCGAUUUGGUGUUGCUGUUGGUCGAUGCGAGCUUUGGCUUUGAGAUGGAGAUAUUUGAGUUCUUGAACAUCUGUCAGGUGCACGGUAUGCCGAAGAUUAUGGGCAUACUGAACCAUCUGGAUAUGAUUAAGAAUGCAAAGGCGUUGAAAAUGCAGAAAAAGUUGCUGAAACACCGAUUCUGGACAGAGGUGUACGAUGGCGCUAAACUGUUCUACCUUUCCGGGCUUAUUCAUGGGGAAUAUCUGAAGAAUGAGAUCAGAAAUUUGGGACGAUUCAUAUCGGUUAUGAAGUUCCGACCGCUUACGUGGCGUGGUGCGCACAGUUACAUGAUUGCGGAUCGUAUGGAAGACAUAACGAACGCGGAACAGAUUCGUUUGAACGCUAAAUGUGACCGUAAUGUGGUGCUGUAUGGAUAUGUACGUGGUGUCCCGUUGAAAAAGGAGAAUAUGGUACACAUCGCAGGAUUGGGAGAUAUGCCGAUCGACGAGCUAAGCACGCUGCCCGAUCCUUGUCCAUUGCCUUCGGGUGAGAAGAAACGUAAUUUGAUGGAAAAGGAGCGUCUUCUGUACGCUCCAAUGUCCGGUGUUGGUGGUAUCGUGUACGAUAAAGAUGCGGUCUAUAUUGAGCUGCAAGGUUCUCACAGCCACAGGCAAGGAGGGAAAAAUUCCGAACAGCAACAGAUCGUUGAUUCGUUCAUCGAGAAGAAGGAAACGUUUGAUGUAACGAUCGAUAAUCAAGAGUUCCGACUGUUUAGCGAUGGUGCUGUGAUUAAGUCGUCUGAUUUCGUUGAUGAAGCAAAACCGGUUGAGGAUGAUUCGGAUGACGAUGACGAAGAAGAUAACGACGACGAGGAGGAGGAGGACUCUGGGUUAGAAGAUUCGGAUGAUGAAGAGGAAGUGGGUAAAGGCGCACGCUUAGGCUGGAUACCGGAGGAAGGCGAUGAUGACGAUGAAGAUGGCGAGGAAGGUUCUAGCGAUGAAGGUGAUGAGGAUGAUAUGAACGAUUUGGACACACUGGGUAAGAAGUCACGCUCUAGCGGAUAUCUGUCCGACGAAGAGCAACCGACAUCCGGCAGUAACACGAUGGCCUGGAAGGACGGAUUAGCAGCACGCGCCCGCAAAGACUAUCUAGAGCGCUUGGCCACCAACAAAAACCUCAUGAAAAUAGUUUACGGCGUAUUCAGCAAGUUCCACAAGCGUCAGCAAGAGAAAGAAGCAGCCGAGGCCGAAAAGGACGACUCGGAGGAUGAAGGUUUGCUCGGAGGAAUAUUUAAAAGCAUCACCCAGAAACAAACGGAACUGCAGAAGAAAAAGAGCGUCCAGGAUGUGGAUGAAUGUUGCUUUUUCGAAGAGUACGGUGAUGGUAUACGGGAUUGGACGUCGGAAAAUAAUAAGGACCUGAUAAGGAAUUGUUUCGUAACGGGCAAAUGGAAAGCGUCGGAAGAUGCGGAAGAACUGCUAAAGCUGGACGAUAUGAGUGAUGGCGAUAGUGACGUGUAUGGGGAUUUUGAAGAUUUGGAGACGGGAGAAAAGCAUGAGGCACCGAAAGGAUCUAAAAAGCAGGCGAAAACUGAUGACGAUGGGAAGGAGGAUGAGGAAGAAGGAGACGGACCGAAGGAAGGUGAUGAUGGAAAGGGUGUCAAACGGAGGAUGACAAGAAUCGAGGAGAAAAACAUGUCUCGCACUGAGCUGAUGGCAAAAAAGAUGAAGCUGAAGGCGAAGUUCGACUCCGAGUACGAUAAUCCGGAAAAGGACGAAAAGCGCAUCGAGGGAGAUCAUCAGUACUACGAGAAAUUAAAAGCGGACGCCUUGCGUCAGUCAGAACUCAACAAGAAAGAGUUUGCGGAUCUAGACGAGGAUGUUCGACUCAACAUCGAAGGCCAUCGGGCGGGACUGUACGUGCGCAUGAGCUUUAAGAACGUUUCGUCCGAGUUUGUGGAACAUUUCGACCCUGCAUAUCCGGUACUGAUCGGUGGCCUUAACAUGGUAGAAGAGAACGUCGGAUAUGUGAACUGUAAAGUGAAGAAACAUCGUUGGUAUAAGAAAACGCUAAAAACAGGUGAUCCACUAAUCAUUUCCCUCGGCUGGCGACGAUUCCAAACCGUCCCGAUCUACGCCAAGGUUGAGGAUGAUUUUAAACAUCGCUAUCUAAAGUACACUCCCAACCAUGUGACGUGCAGUAUGAGCUUUUGGGGUCCAAUAACGCCACAGAACACGGGCUUGAUGGCCAUCCAGACGGUGGCGUACGAUCAGAAAGAGGUACGCAAGCUUGGCUUCCGGGUGGCAGCAACCGGUGCCGUUAGCGAAUCGGACAAGAACGUGGAGAUCAUGAAGAAGCUCAAACUGAUCGGAACGCCGGAGAAAAUCUAUCAGAAAACGGCCUACAUCAAGGGGAUGUUUAAUUCAACGCUCGAAGUUGCGAAGUUCGAGGGCGCCAAGAUACGUACCGUGUCCGGCAUUCGGGGCCAAAUCAAGAAAGCCGUACCACCGGAAGGUUCAUUUCGAGCCACGUUCGAAGAUCGCAUACAGCUGAGCGAUAUCGUGUUCUGUCGCACGUGGUUCCGGGUGAAUGUGCCGAAGUUUUAUGCACCCGUAACGAACCUGCUGCUACCGCAGGAUCAGAAAACGCAAUGGAUCGGUAUGAAAACGUUGGGCCAGCUGAAGCGCGAGAAGAACAUUCAGUUCGAAGCGAAGGAGGACAGCUCGUACAAGCAGAUUGUGCGCGAGAAGCUUGCCUUCCGGCCGUUGGUUAUUCCGAAAAGUCUGCAGAAGGCGCUACCGUACAAGGACAAACCAAAGCUGGGGCCGGUGAAUCCGAAAAAAUCGUUCGAAAGCGAACGGGUUGCGGUGGUUCUUUCACCUCACGAACAGAAGGUCGCUAAAAUGAUGAACAUGAUUAAGACCAACUUUAAAACCAAGCAAAGCAAACAGCUGCGCCAAACCCGGGAACGGUCGAAAAAGUACAAGAAGCAGCUGGUGAAUGAAAAGUUUAAAAAGCUCCAACGGCAGAAGGAGCUGAAAAAGAAAGUCUUCAAGGCGAUCAGUAAAAUGGAUGCAAAAAAUGAAGAAAAAAUGAAAAGUGGUGGAAAAAAGUGAACC